CAAAAAUCAAUUUUCUUAAAAUUUUUUUUUAGUUAAAAUUUAAUAAUUUCCAAAUUCUUUAUAAUAUCAGAAAAAAUCUUUAUAAAAAUUUACAAUGAGUUUAAAUCGUGGCAGAAAUGUUUUCACUUUGGGAAAUUUUCAAUUGGCUUCGAAUUGUAUAACAAAACGCUCAAAGACUAGCGAUCCAUUUGAAAGAGAUCCCUUCAAAAUUCAAUCCUAUAACUUUCGUUAUGCCGAUAGGCCCACAUUUCCCAUAGCAGCUGUACAGCCAAGAGUUAUCCAGCAAGCAGACACUUCAAAGAAAUGUCAAACCUAUUUUUAUAAUCAGAAUUUUCCCUCUACAAAGAAUUCUAAUGGACCCACUACAAGUCAUUUAACAAACGAAGAGAGAACUUUAAAUUUAAGUAAAUUUCAAGAAUAUCGCAGAAGAAAAUUUCUACAAGAACCAGCAGCAGGAUCCAAAAAAAGUUCUCAUGAAAGUAAAGUUUUGAAUUUAUAUUAUGGCAAAGACCAAGAUAUUCCCUUAACUUCAACUAAAACUUAUAAUUUAACUUGUCCCAACAUCAAUUAUAAUAUUCUCCGAAAUUCUUCUCAAGCCUCGGUAAGAAAUUGUUGCAAAUCGGAUUCUACCAAACCAAACACCUCUAACAGGGCUCAUCAAUCUUUGGCUUCUUCAACACGUGAUCUAACAAAUAUUGUCAAUCGUAGUAGACGCAGCCUUAGUUCGGGUUGUGAAAUCAAUAUAAACAUCAAAAGUUUAGACAAUACAUCUUUACAAGAUAGUGUUAAUAUCAAAAUAGAGACCGAUUCUAUAUAUAGAAAUUUAAAUGAACCUCAAAAACGAAACUCUUACAAUUCGCUACAAAACAAAAGCCGAUUGAAUGCAUCGCAAAGCUUUGUUAUAGACAAAAAAUUGUCUAAAUUCUCGGUAAAAUCAGAAACCAAAUCCAAUUUAAGAAUGUCAUCUAAUGAACGUGCUAAACAAUUAACUUCUAUUUAUCAGUCUCACGGUCAAAUUCCUAAGAAAUCUACCAGCUCUCAAAACAAUAAAUUAAAUGAACGUUUUCCCAGUUUAAUACCCUUAAAAACCAAUAGCCCCCGUUCUCAGCAUAGUUCCUUAUAUGGCCAAGAGAAUUCUUUUCAUAAACCUAAAGAUAAUUUGAAAGUCUACGAUUGUAAAGCUAAAUCAAAAGGCUCUAGUUGUAGUAAUAAUAAUUUAUAUAGCAGCAGUCCUUAUGUCUCGGUUAAUAAGGGAUCUAAACUUUUAAAUUCAAACCCCUAUGAGAUAAAGCCUUCAUUAUCGAAGAAAUAUAAUUGCAAGAGACAAUCUUCUUUAGAGUCCUCCAUACAUAAUCUGCACACUGCGGCUGCGAACAGAUGUGACUUCAAGCCCACGGCCCCCUUGAGAAUGCGUAGUUCGUUAAAAUUACCGCUAAAUGUGAACAUCAAUGUUUUUGCCGAUAAAUUGAAAUUAUUGAAAAUUUAAGUUAUUAACGAUUUGACAGAUUUACGUUUAACACAUUUUAGGACUAUAGUGAGUUUAAUAAUCUAGCCAAAAGUUUAGUCUAAAAUUUAGUCCUUACAUAUAGUUUAUAUAGUCAGUAUAGAAUAGACUUUAUUCUAGAGUCUGGACUACAGUCUAGAGUAUAGUCUGGACUUAAAUCUAGACUAUAGUAUGCGCUAAGGUUUACACUAUAGUUUAUAAGAGUCUAUUUUGAUGUUUAGAUCAGAGUCUAUAUAGUAUAUAUAACUUGGACUACAGUCUAGACUUGAGUUUAUUCUAUAGUCUGGACUACAGUCUACAAACUAUACUAAAAUCUAGACUAUAGUCUGCACUAAGGUCUACACUAUAGUCAAUAAAAGAGUCUAUUCUAAAGUUUGGACAACAUUAUAUUCUAUGAACUAUAAACUAUAGUUUAUAGUCUAUUCUAUAUAGUCUAUUCUAUAGUCAGGACUACAACCAAUACAGACUAUAGUCUAUAAAUUAGUCAAUUUCGUUCCAUAGUCUACAGUCUUUUCUAUAGUCUAAACUGUAAUCUCUAUUCUAUACUCUGGACUAUGUCUACAUUUUUCAAUAGUUUGAAAGUAGAACAACAAGUGUAACUGCCUGACAUAAUUAUGUCUAACAAAUGUUAAGACAUGUUAAUAUAAUAAUAUAUCAACAAUUUUAAACAUUUCUGAAAAUAUAUUAUACAUUUUUUUCUCUUUUUGAAACUUUUGUAAUUUUCAUUUAAAUUUCUGAUUUUUAGAAAAAAAUAUUGACUCAUCUCAAUUCCAGUGGUUACAUUGACAACAAUUUUCCUUACUGGGAGUAGGAAUUUUCAAUUCUGAAAACUCCUUUAAAAGAUGCUUAAACAUGUUGUAAAGCAUCUAGUUUUUUUUAUAAAAUUAUAGAUUUUAUAAAGGUUUUUAAUAAAAUUUAAAAAAGUAAACUAAAAAAAUUUUCAUUUAAAAGUAUAACAAAAAAUUUCGGAGUAAAAUCACUCCGAUUUCGCUGAGAACUAAAAUAUGUUACGAAUAUGAAAAGUUUUAUUAUAUUUUAAACCGUUUAAACUAAAAAUGGGACAAUGGGUUAUUAUUCAAGUUGAAACAAAACUUUUUAGAUUCGAAUAAAGAAGUCUAUACUUUAAAACCGAGUAAAAACUUUUAAAUUUGAAAAUAUUUUAAAACUUUUCAUAAAUUUAAACAAAAAAACUAUAAGAUUUUUAGAAAGGGCAUUUUUUUGGAUUGGGAUUUGUUUUUAUAUAUAUU